AUGCGGCUCUUCGCGACCAGGCAUUUCGCCAUUUUUCUCCUCUUCUGCACGCUCGGUGCGCUAGCGGGACCGCCCGGGAAUGCUGAACUGAACGAGUUCGCUGAAUUUGAGGACGACGAGGUCGAGAUCCCGAAGCCACCAUCACAGCAAGAAAAGCCAAAAGUCGAGGAACCGGUGAAGGAAGAAAAACAACAGCAACAACAGCAGAAACCGGUGACUACUGACGAUGAUGACGAUGACGAUUUCGGUGUUGUCGAAGAAACAGAGGAGAACGAGCAGCAAACCAACCAGGAAACACCAAGCCAGCCAGAGCCGCUGAAAUUCGCCGAUGUGCCUGCACAUUUCCGAUCGAAUUGGGCCUCGUAUCAAGUGGAAGCGGUAGUGAUGCUCAUUUUGGCGCUCUACCUUCUCAACUACAUCUUCGGUCGAGCCACCAACCAAAAUCUCGCCUACAAUUGGUUUGCCGCGCACAAGGCCGCUUUGGAACAACAAUUCGCUGUGGUUGGUGACGAUGGAUUGUCGGAGACGCCAUCUGAGGGAAAUCUCACAAAAGACACUGAUUGCUCAUUCUCAAUUUGGUGCUCUGGACGUGUCGGUGUCUCGGGACUCUUGAUUCAAAUGAGAACCAUGAAAAGGCAAGACUUGGUGAGCCGAGUGAUUGGACUCUUCUCACCGCAAACCGACAAAAUCACAUUCAAGUUUGACUUUGACCAAAACGAGAUCGACUCUUGGGUGCUAGCCGUUGGACAGAAGAAACACGUCGCUAAACAGCAUAAAGAGCUGGCCGAUCUCUCCACGUACGCAAGUGAGAAGAAAAGUGGAUCGUUCCAAGGAUUGCCAGCAAGUUGGGGACUCUUCUCCGAGCUGAACGAGGCCGCUUUGGGAGUGCUUGACCCCGGUGUGUUGACCCUUCUGCGAAAGUACGAGCAACGAAUCCAUUCCAUUCACAUCACCGAUCAAUUCUGUGGCCAAAAGCUUGCUGAGGGAGAGACUUACACCCGUCUGCCGGACGUUUCACGUGUCGCAAUCUUCUCCUUCGAACUCCGUGAUGGCAAUGACGAGGUGCAUGAAGAGGAUGACGAAUUGAUCUCGUUGAUGUUCUACCUGUUGGACAAAGCACGACGAUUCCGGCUGUCACGUGAGGGAAAAGUGAAAACCGAGAAGAACCGGCAAACGGUGGAGGAGAGUUUCUUGAAGACAACUCAUCUACAGCGACAGGAAGCCGCUCAAGCUAGGCGCGAGGAAAGGACACGCGAAAGGAAGCAACGACUAUUGGAGGAGGAAGACCCAGAAAAGCAGCGACGCUUGGAGAAAUUGGAGGCGAAACACGAUCGCAAGAUGAAGCCAAAGAUGAAACAGUUGAAAAUUCGU